CGCGUGGAGUAGGUGGGGUGCCUAGACGCCCGGCUGCUUGAAGACUCCGCCAUGAGGAGAAGUGAGGUGUUGGCCGAGGAGUCCAUAAUAUGUCUCCAGAAAGCCCUGAAUCACCUUCGAGAAAUAUGGGAACGAAUUGGGAUUCCAGAAGACCAGCGCUUACAAAGAACUGAGGUUGUAAAGAAGCAUAUCAAAGAUCUCCUGGAUAUGAUGAUUGCUGAGGAGGAAAGCCUGAAGGAAAGACUCAUCAAAAGCAUCACUAUUUGUCAAAAAGAACUGAAUACCCUUUGUAGCGAGUUACAUGUUGAGCCGAUUCAGGAAGAAGGGGAGACGACCAUCUUGCAAUUAGAAAAGGAUUUGCGUACUCAGGUGGAAUUGAUGCGAAAACAGAAGAAGGAGAGAAAACAGAAACUGAAACUACUUCAAGAACAAGAUCAAGAACUGUGUGAACUUCUUUGCAUGUCUCCCUAUCAAACUGAUAGUGCCUCAGUUCCCAGCUUAGAUGAGCUAGAUCAGUUCAGACAACAUGUGGCAACUCUGCAGGAAACAAAGACAUCUAGACGUGAGGAGUUUGUCAGCAUAAAGAGACAGAUCAUACUGUGUAUGGAGGAAUUGGAUCAUACCCCAGACACAAGUUUUGAAAGAGAUGUGGUGUGUGAAGAUGAAGAUGCCUUUUGUUUAUCUUUGGAGAAUAUCACAGCCCUACAAAAGUUACUGCGGCAGCUGGAAAUGCGAAAAUCGCAAAAUGAAGCUAUGUGUGAGGGGCUGCGGGCUCAGAUCCGAGAGCUGUGGGACAGGUUACAAAUACCUGCAGAAGAGAGAGAAGCAGUGGCCACUAUUAUGACUGGAUCAAAGGCCAAGGUCAAGAAAGCGUUGCAAUUAGAAGUGGAUCGGUUGGAAGAAUUGAAGAUGCUGAACAUGAAGAAAGUGAUUGAGGCAAUUCGAGUGGAGCUGGCUCAGUUCUGGGACCAGUGUUUUUACAGCCAGGAGCAGAGACAGGCUUUUGCCCCAUAUUAUGAUGAGGACUACACUGAGAAUCUGCUUCAGCUCCAUGAUGCUGAGAUUGUACGGUUAAGAAACUACUAUGAAGUUCACAAGGAACUCUUUGAAGGUGUUCAGAAGUGGGAAGAAAGCUGGAAGCUUUUCCUGGAGUUUGAGAGAAAAGCUUCAGAUCCAAGCCGAUUUACAAACCGUGGAGGAAAUCUUCUAAAAGAGGAAAAGCAACGCUCCAAACUCCAGAAAACACUCCCUAAGCUGGAAGAGGAGUUGAAGGUACGCAUUGAAAUGUGGGAACAGGAGCAUUCAAAGGCAUUUGUGGUGAAUGGACAAAAAUUCAUGGAGUAUGUGAUAGAACAAUGGGAGAUGCAUCGGUUGGAAAAAGAGAAAGCCAAGCAGGAAAGACAACUGAAAAACAAGAAGCAGACGGAGGCAGAGAUGCUCUAUGGCAGCGCUCCACGGACACCCAGCAAGAGGCGAGGACUGGUACCCAACACACCAGGCAAAGUUCGCAAGCUGAACACUACCACCAUCUCCAGUACUACAGUCAAUAGUAGCAUUCGGCCUGUCUUGGGGGGACCAGUCCACCGCUCACCUGUGUCCCGGCUUCCACCUUCUGGCAGCAAGCCAGUAGGCACUGCCACCUGUUCGGGGAAGAAAACGCCCCGUGCUGGCAGGUAUGGAGCCAACAAGGAGAACGUGGACCUCAAUGGCAGUUUCCUGAGUGGUGGGUACCCCGACUCCACCCCCCUCCAGCGCAACUUCAGCAUUAAUUCUGUUGCCAGCACCUAUUCUGAGUUUGCGAAGGAUCCGUCCCUCUCUGACAGCUCCACUGUUGGGCUUCAGCAAGAGCUUUCAAAGGCUUCCAAAUCUGAUGCUACGUGUCGAAUCCUCAAUUCAACCAACAUCCAGUCCUGA